AUGUGUGAUGAUUUUUCAGGAUUUUUUGUUAUUUUGAUUUCUGUUUUCUGUUCUCUGUCAAAGGAUGUUUGCCCAAACCUUACGAUUCUAAUUUUGGAUGUAUAUAACUUUCGGAGGAAUGAUUCUCAGUCUACAUAUGCUGUAUGUAUUUUCGAUUUGCUGCUUCGUGUUGGACUUAUUAAAGGAUUAUUUGUAGAAGAAUUAAAUUUUCAAGAUGGUGACGGUCUAUCUACUUCAUUUUGCAUUGAUUUCACUUGUUGUGAUACCUCAAGUUGUGAUUCUUUAUUGGAUAGAUGUGAUUUCUCAGGUGUUGUCGAUUGGUUUGUGUCACCUCUUUGUACUCUGGUAGAUGAUAAUUCCUCUGGGUGUAGAAAAUGUUGCGGUUGCUCUGUCGAUGCGCUGGUUCCAAACUGGGUUACUGUAUUGUGUUUACCACACAUCAGACCUUUACCAUUGGAACACGUUAACGAAUUGUUAACAAAAGCGUUUGAGAACCUUGUAAUUGCCCUGCCUAAUAUGAGUGAAACCAACAAAACAGGUUAG